AUGGCACAGCCCACAGGCUUAUCGACAUUGAAUUCGGCUAGUAUAUUUCCUGUGCCAGCUAACACCAGCCGUGCCUCGCCGACAGUCAAGAUGGGUGCCCUCAAGUACGUCGAAGAGCUUCAGAAGAAGAAGCAGUCUGAUGUCCUGCUCUUCCUUCUCCGAGUCCGCUGCUGGGAACUCCGUCAAUUGAACGUCAUCCACCGCGCCUCUCGUCCUUCCCGCCCCGACAAGGCCCGCCGUCUCGGUUACAAGGCCAAGCAGGGUUAUGUCAUCUACCGUGUGCGUGUCCGCCGCGGUGGCCGCAAGCGACCCGUGCCCAAGGGUGCCACUUACGGCAAGCCCACCAACCAGGGUGUGAACCAACUCAAGUACCAGCGAUCUCUCAAGUCCACUGCCGAGGAGCGUGUUGGCCGCCGCUGCGCCAACUUGCGCGUUCUCAACUCGUACUGGAUCAACCAGGACUCCACCUACAAGUACUACGAGGUCAUCCUCGUCGACCCUCAGCACAAGGCCAUCCGCCAGGAUCCCCGCAUCAACUGGAUCGUCAACCCCGUUCACAAGCACCGCGAGUCCCGUGGUCUCACCGCCACUGGCAAGAAGUCCCGCGGUCUCAACAAAGGUCACCGUUACACCAAGACCAAGGCUGGUCGCAGAAAGACCUGGAAGAGACACAACACCCUCUCUCUCUGGCGCUACCGAUAA